GCAUAUCUUCGACGAUGACAACAUCCUAAAAACGGUCCAACUGGUACUGGACCUGGAGUUCCCGAUACUUUGCGUGCAGCCUGCCGUCCUCGACUUCGGCGUGGUCGCCGACGGAGAUACCAGGAAGAUGUACUUUAGUGUAUCUCACACCAGCUCGACCGUGACACUCGAUAUUGCAACCCAUUGGGUGGGUGGCAGCGAGUUUAAGAUUUGGCCACCAUUUUUGAGGAUAGCCCCUGGAUGUUGCGCUAACGUCUACCUGCAAUAUACGGCCAUGUGGCGAGCAGCUCCCUCUGAGGGAUGCGCGCACGUGUUCGUGUGCUGCGGGGCGGGGCAGGCUUUAACAGCGCGCGACGCGCAGACCGCACUGGUCGGGCAGACUGGGCCGACUGGGCACCUCGGACACGUCAGGCACACUGGGCAGGCUGCGAAUGUCCCGCAAGCCGGAAAGGUGCCGCAGGUCCCGGAAGCUGCGUGCCUGGCGCUGGGGCAGGAGCUGGCGCGCGCGGCGUGGUGUCGCGCGACGGUGUUGGUGCGCGCGGCGCCGGCGCGCGACCACAAGUUCCACCUGACGCAGCACGACCACACGGACGACGCGCGCCUGUUGCCGACCGACGCCAUACUCUGCGGCUCGCCCGCCGCCGGCCGCGUGCAGCCGCCGCCCAUUCCUUUUGAAUAUAACGAUUGACCUAG